GUGCCGAAUUAUUACUAGCAUGAUUGUUAUGAGGGAUAUAUUUCGGCAAUGCCAGAAUGGCAUGCAGUGCCAUGGAAAACUCCUCAAGGAACUCCAGAAAAUAUAUGACAAGACUGAUAUAGAAAAGUUCUGGUCAGAGUUCAAGCUUCUUAUGAUGUACUCCAUGAUCAUCCAGCAAAGAGCACCCUCUGUAGAGCGAACUAUUGACUUUAUUGCCAAGUUUGUCACCAUAACAACACCCAGUAUCCCAGAGGCGGAGGAUCAGAAUGACUCAACACUGGAUGAUGUCACAAACAACAAACUGCUACAGAAAAUGCUGGACUUCCUGCUAGAGAAUCAUUCAGCCAAUGACAAAGCAGUGCGUUUUCGAAUCAGCCAGCUCAUCCACAAAAUUCUGGAUAAUCUGGGAGAGGAUGCCAGGAUUGAUGAUGAUUUGUAUGAUAAAAUCUAUGAGUGUAUGCUCGAAAGACUCCGGGACAAGAUACCCAUAGUGAGAAUGCAUGCUGUUUUAGCCUUAACAAGGUUACAAAACCCAAGGGAUGAAAACUGUCCAGUCAUUAAAGCAUAUCUAUUUUUGAUGAACUGUGACCCUAACCCAGAUAUCAGAAGAAUUGUUCUCUCCAAUAUCGCUCCAUCUGUGAAAACGCUUCCAGCCAUUCUGACCCGUAGAAGAGAUGUUAGAGAUAUUGUGAGGAAAACGGCAUAUACUGUAAUGGGGGAGAAGAUUCACAUUAAGGCACUGUCCAUAGCAAACAGAGUUGCUCUCCUUCAUGAUGGGUUGACAGACAGAUCAGAAUCUGUUAAAGCUGCUUGUUCAGGGAAGUUACUGCAGACCUGGCUGCGUACAUUUGGAGGCAAUGUAUUGGAGUUAUUGGGAAGUCUAGAUGUGGAGAACUCAACUGAGACAUGUGAACUGGUUCUGAAGACACUGCUAAAACAGGCCCCGUUACCAGAAGUGGUCCAGAAGUUUGAUAUCUUAGAUGACAAAAUUCUGAUUGCCCAGCACAAGCUGACUAGUGAGAACUCCAUGUACUGGCAGGCAGUUUGUAAACACAUACAUUCCCUUGGAAUAGAUGGCGAUGAGUUUCUGGACAAGGUGCUCCCAAACUGCUUAGAAUUCUGUCAAUAUAUAAGAGAGUAUGUGAACACACUGAAGGAAAGUACAGACAUUGAUACACAGAUGGAGAAAGAGUUCAUCAUACAGCAGCUAUUGUCUAUGAUCCAGUACAUGGAGCUUGCUGAUCAGUCUUCACGAAAAGCUGUGGAGAAUUUGCUUCAUGAGCUUCUAAUCCUGGACCAUGUCAGUCAUAGUCUGGUGAAGUAUAUAAUAGAGCCACUCUCCAAGAUCAAGUCUCAGUCUCCAAAUCUGGUACCAAUCCUGGCAGAGAUUAUAUCAGAAAUCCGAGAACCAAUCACAACAGUGGAGAGGGGGCCUUCAGAGGACGAUCGCAGACAAAAUGAUAUUAAGAUUGCCAACAUUAGAGUGAAGCUGAAUGAAUUGAAGGACUCAUUAGAUGAGAGUGUUCGUAGUCAGGACUUCAGCCGAGCAGCUGAAAUUAAACAGAGCAUAUCAGAGCUGGAGACAGAGAGGAACCACCUUCUGGACCUACCACAAACUCAGACAGAGGAAAUACGAACAGAGAAGACUGACGUGGCCACCAUUCUUAAGUGUCAUGCCAUUGUUGCUGAGAUGUUGGAGACUCUUUCCCUGUCUAGUGUCAGUCCUUCACUUCAGAUGUUGAUUGAAUCUCUGAUUUUGCCUGGGAUUCAAAAUGAAGAUGGAAGAAUUAGAAACCUUGCAGUGAAGGCACUAGGACUGUGUUGUGUCAUCAGUAAAGAUUUGGUCAUGCAGUAUUUACCUCUGUUCAUGCAGGCUUCCCAGAUUGAUAUUGAGCUGGUUCGCUGUACAGCCCUGAGGGUCAUCUUUGACAUGCUUCACCUGCAUGGUUUGGAGGUCAUGCAGAGGGGGAGACAGGAUGAUGAGACGUCGUCCACCUCCACCGCUGACAGCCUCCUGGAGAGACAAGAUAGUGUGGAGGACGGCAGCUCAGGGGCAGCAGCGGCUAAACUCGUCGCUAUAUUAUGUGCCUUCCUUGAUGAAGAGAGCUCAGAACUGAGAACUGUUGCUGGUGAAGGUUUGGCAAAACUUCUUUUGUCUGGGAGAGUGGUAUCUUCCAAGAUCCUGUCACACCUCAUCCUCAUAUGGUACAACCCAACCACAGAAGAUGAUACACACCUUAGACAUUGCCUGGGAACUUUCUUCCCUAUUUAUGCAUUUGCUGGGAGAGCUAACCAGGAUGUGGUGGAGGAGGCCUUUAUCCCCACCCUGAAGACUCUGAGAAAUGCCCCCCUUUCCAGUCCCCUGGCAGAGGUCAAUGCAGAGAAUGUGGCAGAGUUGCUGAUCCAGCUGACCAACUCCAAGUUACUGUUGAAGAGUCAAAAUGAAACUGAGACAAUCAAGGAAAAUCCAAGGCAUGACAGUCUAGCCAUAAAAAUUUGUAAUGAGAUUUUGUCCAACCCUGACUCAUACAACCUCAAGCUAUGGGUUAAAAUUCUCAACAAGCUUGAGCUAAGUGAGACUAAUGAUGAGGCCUUUAAAGUUCUAGCUGUGCUGGCUGAUCAGAUGCUGGAGGUUGUCAAAGAGAAAAUGAGCUUGAAGACACUGAAGAAGUUUGCAGAGUUUGUGAAGGAGAGGGUACCGGUUCUAGCAUCCGAGGGGGACCAAGAAAACACGGAGAAUAUGGAGGGAGGUACAACAGAGGAAACAACUCCCCCUAGUACUGAAAUGAACAAGACAAGUGUUAGUGAUAAAACACAGGACAGAUCUCAGAUGAAUGAUACAGCUCUACAUCUAGAUGGCUCUCUUUUCCAUGAGACAAGUACACUCCGUCGAGUCCCAAGUAAAUCUGGAGGAAUUUCACCCAAAGUCGGUAAUCCAACAGUAGAUCCAGAUGUUGCAAAGAGUCCUAUAGCAGCUUUGUUUUCUAAGACGUUUGAUUUUAAGACUCCUGAUAGACCAAAGAAUUCCAAGGCGAAAGGCCCUCUCAACUUGUCUGAGAAAAACAGAGAUAAUUUGGAGGAGACCAAAGAGAGUGGGCUGGACACAGAUAAUGCAAAGGAGACCAAGGAAAGUGGGCCAGAGACAGAUAAUCGGGAGGAGAACAAAGAGAGUGGGCAAGAGACUGACAAGGAUGAAGAAAAGUCUCCAGAUUCAAGAGGCAAGAAAAGAGGAAGAAAAUCACCAGAACCAUCCUCACCACAAAGUAAAGGAACUCCAGGGAAAAAAUCCAAGAAAACUGAAAAGAAAAGUAAAAAUGACAGAAAACUUGAGAAAGAUGUGAAAAGUAAAAGUAGCUCGUCAGAUGGAAAGUCUGAAAAUGAAGGCAAGCAGAGCACAAAUCCAUCUAUAAAAACAAGUCACAAGAGAUCAGUAGCUCCAGUCAAAGCAGUUAGAGCUCUUAAAAGCAAGAAUUUGAGUCCUGUUGUGGUUUUGACGAGAACAGAGAAGAAAAAUACUCUAGAGUCUACAAACGAAAGUGAAGCAAGUUUUACCAAAGAAAAGUAUGGUGGAAAUAAGAAAUCACCAAGGAGUAAAGGAAAUUUGGAGACACCUGAGAAAGGAAAGAGCAAGAAAAGUGAAAAGAUAAAAUCCAAUGAUGAAACUGGGACAAAGAAAGAUGAAGCCUUAAAAUCAUCUAAAUCACCAUCUUUAAACAGUAACAAAAAGCUGAAACCCACCAAAAAAUCUGAGGAAGAGGAAGAAAUUCCUCUGAAGACAAGGAGAACACCAAGGUUAAGACACUCACAGUCUAUGACCAUGAAUAAAACUGAAGACAAAACUCCAGAUGGAAAAUCAUACAAAAACGGGGGAGUUAAACAUAAUUCUGCUUCAAAAGAGAGCUUGAAUGAAUCACCUAAAAAGUUGCUGCGCACCCCUAAACACACAGAUGUUAAAUCGCCAAGGAGAGGCACCCCUAAACGCACAGAUGUCACAUCACCAAGAAGGGGCACCCCUAAACGCACAGAUGUCACAUCACCAAGAAGAGGCACGAAGACUGUACAGUCUACUACUGUUGAUCCACUGCCAUCUCCUGAAAAGAAAACGAAACUCGGAGAUUCAGUCAGUAAGUCAAGAAAGAGUGCCCAAGGAGAUGAAAAGAACAAAGGAAAGGAAUCCCCAAUGAAGGUUGUCUCCAAGGAAGUAAGCAGUCCAGUUACAAGAAGUGGAAGGAAAAUCCCAGUAGUAACUAAAGGAAAAACCAGUCCAGGCAGUAAAAUUAGGACAAAUUCUGCUCCAGCUUCUGCCAAGUCCAAGAAAACAACUUCUUCUUUAGUCAGUAGUCCUAACAAAAGAACCCAUUUAGGUGCCAACCUCUCUGAAUCUGAAACAGAAUCCCCCAGAACUAGAAGCAAAAUGUCUUCUCCAGAAUCUAAUAUAAGCUCACCAUCAGAAUCAAUCAGAAAAAACAACAGAAAACCUCCUGCUACCAGCAAGCCAUUGCCAGCAAGAUCUCCAAGGCUCAAAAGGAUAGAGACAAAAGAAAACACUUCACCAAAUAAGAGGAGUUUUCAGACGGCACAAAAAAAUUCCAAUCAGCCUAAAAAUGUUUCUUCAACUUCACCUCAGAGUUCUAAAAGUAAGUCAAAAUCUAGUCCAUCACAGCCAAUGAGAAAAAAGAAAAUGACAUCUGAAUCUGAUAAUGAUUCACAAAGUUCACCUUCAACAAGGUCUAAGAUACAAAUUAUGAAGACAUCUGUCAGCUGCAAUAAAGAUAAAGGCAAGGAAGUUUUGUCUGAAUCUCUCAAUUUGUCCCCAGGUCAUGUCACCAGGGCUUCGAUGGCAAUAGGGGACUCGUUGAAGAAGACUAGUCAAAAAAGUCCAGCAACAGAGCCUUCUUCUGAAGCUGAAGAAUCACCAGUUCGUACCACCCGCUCUAAGAAGCCACCUGUUCCAGCUACUACUAAACUGAAGCAGAGUCGCUCCACAGCUGUCAGGGUGUCUGCUAGAAAGGCUUGGAAUGAGGAAAACAGCUCAGGUAGAAAGACAGCUGUUCAAAAACCAGUAAAAAGAAUGACUCGCGGCUCCCAGAAAUGAAGUUAGAAAGCUGUGGAAGAUUUUCCUGAUCAGCGGUUAGGAGUGGUUCUCCAUGGACAAUUUUGAGCUACAUGUAUGUUGUUUCAUGGACUAUCUUUAUUAGAGGGGUGGUAUAUGCUAUCUGUAUGUCUGCCUGUGAAUAAUAAACUUUUUCUUACUUUUUGAUAAAGCAUAGGGCAGGAAUUUUAACUUAGCAUUUAAUUAAUAAUCAUAAGUAACUCAACACACUGGACUUUGAAGAGGUUUUGCACUGUAUUUACAAAGUUUCGAUGAUCAUUCAAUUUUUUUUGGUUGUUUUUAGAUUAUGAGAUGAAACUUGGCAUUUUCUGAUUUGUAAUAAUAAAUUAUACCAGUGUAAGCUUUGUUGUGGAAUUUUAUGUAUACAUGUAUUUUUAGAGUGAACAACUUCAUUAUAAUAAAUAUGAGCAUUACAAAUGGAAUAAUGCUCACAAAUGAUAAAGAGCUAACUUGACAGUGAUUUAAAAAUAAAAAUGGCUAGUUCCAGUGAAAUGUUUCCAUUUGUUUGGACAUGUUUAUAUUUCUUAUGGAUACAUUCUAUGUCCAUUGAUUUACUUGUAAUUUUGCGUGAAAAGAUAAGUUUAAAGAUGAAAAAAAAAAUGGGCAGAAAUUCACAGAUAUGGAAUGCAGAGAUAGUCUUCUUUUUUUUUGCAUACUGCAGCAAAAAUCCUCCUGACAGUGGGAUUAUAUUGUAUCACCAGCAAUGUCUUGUUUACCAAUAUGUAAUAGUUCCAUAUUAACUUACACCAAUAUUUAAAGGGGACUUUUAUUUUAUUUGAAGAAAAUCAAAAGGUUUAUUUUUCUUACUGAAAUGUAUUUUAUAAGGAAGAUAUGCUAUGCACAGUGUGAUUGCAUUCAUUCCAACAAAAUAUUUCAUUUCUCAUUAGAAGCUAAGGUUUAUGUGUCUUUUUAUUUCCUUAAUUUACAAAGAAUUGUUGAAUUGAAUUAUCAAUAUUUAUUGUUUAAGUCCUGAUGUAUCCUUGAAGAUGUUUAUAUUUAACAAUAAAAGGUUACUAUCUUCCAAGUUGUUGUGUGUGCAUCAUGUACUUAGAAAAAAAACAGGUUAUUAUAUUUAAACCCUCUUAAUUUAACACAGUUGAAAUUGUUAAUUUAUAUAUCUAUUCAUCUUUAUUGAGUAUGUUAUCAUCAAUGCGAAAAUAUACCUCUUGAACAGUUACAAAAGAAACUUUGAUUGAUAUUUCCAUAUUCUAUUUGUUGGAUUUAAUGCUAAUUACAUUUGAAUUUUAAAGCAUGUUAUAUUGGAUGACAAUGUAAAUAAAUGAUCUCCAUAAGCA